AUGGUGACAAAUUCACAAAAAAAGAAGCUUCACCACUCAGUCUUACUCUCAACAAAUCUCAAAAAACUCACAAUCAUACCCCCAAAUCCCGACAAUUCCGCCGCCGCCGCUCCCGACUUCGAUUUCUCCGAUGUAUUCGGCCCAAAUACACAAUCUCCGUCCACGUCAGCAUCAACCUCCUCCGCUUUUCUCGGAGACCCACUCGUCAUACACCACCGCUCCCACUCCUUCGUCGGACCGUCACCUCGCUGCACUCUCUCCACCUCCCUCCCUCUCCAUCUCCGAGAAGAAGAGUUCGCCGAAAACGGCGUCGUAGAACCAGUUGAAGAAGAGGAAGAAGAAGAAGGGUUUGUGAGUACUAAUGAUGAUGAGGUGAAGAAAGGACAAAAUGGUAAAAUUGGGCCUGGGGAUUUUGAGAUAUUGAGAGUUGUGGGGCAGGGGGCUUUUGGUAAAGUGUUUCAAGUUAGGAAGAAGAGGGGUAAUUUUGGCGGGGAGGAUGGUGAUGGGAUAUUUGCAAUGAAGGUUAUGAGGAAGGAAACUAUAAUAAAGAAGAAUCAUGUUGAUUAUAUGAAAGCUGAGAGGGAUAUUCUUACUAAAGUUGUUCAUCCUUUUAUUGUUCAGCUUCGUUACUCUUUCCAGACCAAGUCUAAGCUUUACUUGAUCCUGGAUUUUAUAAAUGGAGGACAUCUAUUUUUUCAUCUUUAUCGUCAGGGGAUCUUCAGUGAGGAUCAGGCAAGGGUUUAUACUGCUGAGAUAGUGUCUGCAGUUUCACAUCUUCACAAGUACGGGAUUGUGCACCGGGAUCUUAAACCUGAAAACAUUCUCUUGAUGUCUGACGGGCAUGUUAUGCUAACUGAUUUUGGACUGGCAAAGGAAAUUGAUGAAUAUGGUAGAUCUAAUUCAAUGUGCGGCACAACUGAGUAUAUGGCUCCCGAAAUUUUACUGUCUAAAGGCCAUAACAAGGAUGCAGAUUGGUGGAGUGUUGGAAUACUCUUGUUUGAAAUGAUAACUGGGCAGCCACCAUAUACACAUAAAGACAGAAAGAAACUUCAGGAGAGAAUUAUUAAAGAGAAAUUCAAGCUUCCACCAUACCUCAGCUCUGAAGCUCACUCUUUGCUGAAAGGAUUGCUGCAAAAGGAACCAUCAAAAAGGUUAGGAAGUGGUCCUGAUGGAGGGGAUGAAGUAAAACGUCAUAAAUGGUUUCGAUCAGUCAACUGGAAGAAAUUAGAGGCACGGGAAUUGGAGCCAAAGUUUAAACCAGAUGUAAGCGGAAGAGAUUGUACAGAAAAUUUUGACAAGUGUUGGACAUCAAUGCCUGCUGAUGACUCUCCAGCUUCCACACCAACAGCUGGUGGGCAUUUCCAAGGCUAUACAUAUGUUGCGCCCAACCCUUGGCUUUCAUCUAUCUGAUGUGAGGGUAUUACAAGCAAGGCAGCCUUUCAAAUUUUUAGAGAGACUGUAGAUUCUAUCCAAAACUUGCUCAUGAAGAGGUGACACAAAAGCAAUGGUGAUCAAUACCACAGAGAAUCUUUCAGGAAGUGGGAAUCGCAUUGAGUAGAAGAAGAAUCUUGUUCCUUACUUGGCUUGAAGAAUUGAAACACGUUUGAUACUACUUACCAAAUAUUCUGUUUAUUUGAAACCUCAUCGAUCUUAUAUCAUUUGAUUUAGUGUAUCUAUUACUUAUCAUUUCAAACAUAUUUUGGAUUUGUUUUCGCACAUUCAUUAUUUUAAUACAUAUAUUAUAUUCUUUA